GGUGUCGUUCACAAAUGACACUCACAGUACAGUAUCUGCAAAUCAACUCGUGAGUGAAAACGCCUGAGACGAACAAAUCUUCCCCACACAGAUACAGAUUCUCUCUCUCUCUCUCUCUCUCUCUCUCUCUCUCUCUCUGUCUCGCCUUGCUACACGUAGAGAUCAAAUAAUUAAUGGCGAAGAAGAAAGCAACAAUGACUCUCAAAGACUUUCACGGCGGUUCCAUCCCCUCUGAUCUCCCCCUUCCUUCUGCUCCUGGCGUAACUGUGAAACCUUCGGAUCGGGUUGGUUUCGAUAGACCGAAUGUGUGGGGAAGAAAUGAUCCUAGGUUAAGGCCCGGGUCUGCUGGUUCGAUCAGGACUUUUGAUGAUAAAACACCUUUUAGUCCUCAUGUUAUGCACGUCGGGCGGAAUUUCGAUGAGGAUGAGCGGACUCCGUUGGACGGUGUUUCGCGGAGGGUGGUUAGUGAGGAGAGUGUUGGUGUGGAUUUAAGGGGGAGUGAGAGGUUGGUUGUGAGUCCGAGUCUGAGUCCGAGUCCGAGUGUGGGGUCUUAUGCUGCUAGGUUUACGGAAGGAGUGGGUAGUGGGAGUAGGACGGGGUUUAGGAAUGUGGGUGGGAGUGGGAUUAGAGGGGAGGGGAUGAAUCCGUGGGGGGUGAGGAAGGAUGAGGGGGGCCGUGAUCAGGUUCCAGUUUUGUGGUCGGCGCCGGAUGCGGCUACUAAGUUGGCGCAUGCGAGUGCACUUGAGAAGGUGGCGUCAGGAAGGUGGCGGUCUAAUCAAUUGAAUGAUGAUCGGGUUGAUAUUGAGGUUAUUAAUCAUUUGGAACCACGGAUUGAAUCCCGUUUUACGGGGUAUGGAGUUCAGGAGAUGAGAGAGUCGCGCGAAGCUGUUAUGGUGAGGCAUGUUGAGCAGAGUUUGGUUGUUGAUGAUGGGAUUUGUGCUGGUGGCCAGCCGAUACCAGUCCAUGAGAGGGUUGUGCCACCUAUCUACUCAGAAGUGGAGGAGAGGAACCAUCGGAUUUAUGAUAAUGGGUAUCAACCCUCUCGUGAUGGUGGAAAAUUUGUUAGGUCAGAAUUGCAACAAAUGUUACCUCCAGAACCAUCAUCUGAAAGACCUAAGUUGAAUCUGCUUCCAAGGUCCAUGCCAAUAGAUACUGCGGAGCCUACUCCAGCUGAUUAUAAACAGACAUAUAGAAAGCCUGGGGACCCACAUGGCAGUGAAACGCGCGAAGAUAUAAAUACCUUAAAGUUAGAGUCUGAAAGUGCCAGUCGGGUGCGAGAUCGUCCAAAGCUAAACUUAAAACCCCGCUUGCAACCUCUGGAUCAAUUGGAAGGAAGUGCUGAAGGAAAAAGAAACACAUUAUUUGGUGAUGCCCGUCCAAGGGAAUUGGUUCUAAAGGAGCGAGGUGUUGAUAGUGUUGCUGUCGACCAGGUUCAUCUUUCUAAUAGGAUAGAGCAAGAUGUACCAAAAGGUGAAAUGUUGCCUGUGCGUUACAAUGGAAAACCCGGAAAUCUCCCUCUUGAUCAUAGGCUAGUAAAGAGUGUGGAUAGAGAUAACCAGCGGGAUGCUGAGAAGUCGGAUGUUCAAAGGAAGAACUGGCGCAAUGAGAAUCGAAAAAGCAGCAGGGACCUUGAGAAGCAGCAGCCGGAUAGGCCAUUAUCACCAGAAACUUGGCGAAAGCCUGUCGAGCAGCCAACAUCACCUGUUGGACUACGGUAUGGGAAAGCAGCUUCUGCAGUGGAACUUGCUCAAGCCUUCUCCAAAUCAGUCUCUGAUCCAAAGACAGCUGAUCGGUUAGCCCGUGGCCAAAUUCCUUUUUCUCGACUAACAGGUCCUCAGUCAAGGCAGUUAAGGCCUCAUUCAAAUGGUUACUAGAUCUAACUGUUGCCUUGAGAUUGGUGGAGAUUGCACUCAGAGGAAGUAAGCACAGUUCAGACGAGAGAUGGUUGUUUUUCGUCAUUGUUGUUUUCUUAUGCCAAACGAAGUCGCUUUCAACCCCUAGCUUGAAAAUCAUGAAGAAGUAAAAAUAGCUUAUAAAAAACAAAGUUAUUUCCCUGUUGGCAAUUGCUAUAUGCAUCCCUGUUUCCAGAGAGAGAAACUGAAUUAAUAUUGCUCAACAAAUUUAAGUAUUUGUUUAGGUUAAAAGUCUUUCUAGACAUGUAUGUGCGGUUGUAAGUUUGAAUUAUAAUACAGCUGUGCCGGAAUUUGAUCUUUGAAAAAUGUAAGAACUCAUUCUGUGACGAAGGGUUGGACCCAACUUUUUUUUUUAAAUAUAGUUUAGAUUCAUCUC